CAUCUUUUUGCUGCUUCCAGGACAUUUCUUUUUCGCUUUUCCUGCGGACUCUCUCUCGCAGAUACCACUCGCUAUGUCUGGACGCGGAAAGCAGGGCGGCAAGGCUCGCGCCAAGGCCAAGACGCGCUCGUCGCGGGCCGGGCUGCAGUUCCCGGUGGGCCGCGUGCACCGCCUGCUCCGCAAGGGCAACUACUCGGAGCGGGUGGGGGCCGGCGCGCCGGUGUACCUGGCGGCCGUGCUGGAGUACCUGACGGCCGAGAUCCUGGAGCUGGCGGGCAACGCGGCCCGCGACAACAAGAAGACGCGCAUCAUCCCGCGCCACCUGCAGCUGGCCAUCCGCAACGACGAGGAGCUCAACAAGCUGCUGGGUCGCGUCACCAUCGCGCAGGGCGGCGUCCUGCCCAACAUCCAGGCCGUGCUGCUGCCCAAGAAGACCGAGAGCCACCACAAGGCCAAGGGCAAGUGAAACGUUUACGGAAUCUGCCUGCUCUCCCAAUCCCGAAAAUCAAAGGCUCUUUUAAGAGCCACCCAUCU